AUGAAUCCAGGGACAAAACCAAAGAGCUGUGUGAUAAAGCCAUUCGUAAAGCUUACACAGGACGUGAUAAGCCAUGGGAAAAGGAUAACCGGCUGCUCCAGCUUGGACGAGCUCUGUCGGGUGAUGUUUUCCGGCCCUGAAAAGUUGUAUGACACCCAGGAUGGCACUGAUAAUUUGUCCAGGGGAAACAACCCGACGAACGAAUCAAUCAAUCAACAUAACCAAACGAGCAAUUCAGGUGGCCAUGGGAGGAACCUUUAUGAGCUGAUGGCCGGCGAGGCUGAUCCGCAGCCCGGACCGUUGAACGGACAUCGGAAUAUAGCUAUGGCGAGUCCCGAGGAUGGUUGGAGGGCUAUGGCGGGUGUCGAAGAUGAUUUUGUCGGGGGUAGUUUUUUCAAUGACGAGUGGGUCCGGACUGUUCGUUAUCCUUCGGGUUUUCCGUACCAGCCUCAGUGGCUGCUGGUCACACAAGACGUUGAAAACCCCCAACCCGACUAUCUAUUUGCUGCCUAG